AUGAGCGCUAUAAGUUCAAACACCGUGAGUGUUAUCAAGAACAAUCAGAUAGGACCAUGGAAACUUGGUGAAACUUUGGGAUCCGGCAGUACAGGUAAAGUACUACUGGCAUCUAACGAAACCACUAAACAGCAAGCUGCUGUGAAAGUGAUUUCGAAGGCUGUAUUUGAGGCCAUGAAUAACAGCGAGAGCAAUGGUGACGCCACCAAUGCUUUGCCUUACAACAUCGAACAAGAAAUAAUUAUAAUGAAACUGCUAAACCAUCCAAAUGUAUUGAGAUUAUUUGACGUUUGGGAAACUAAUUCCGAUCUAUAUCUUGUGCUAGAAUACGCCGAAAAGGGGGAACUAUUUAAUAUGCUUGUUGAGCGCGGCCCACUUCCGGAAAAUGAAGCUGUUCGUGCCUUUAGGCAAAUCAUUAUCGGUAUAUCAUAUUGUCAUAGUCUAGGUGUAGUUCACCGUGACCUGAAGCCUGAGAACUUACUUCUUGACAACAAACUUAACAUCAAAAUAGCUGAUUUUGGUAUGGCCGCAUUAGAAUCUGAAGAUAAACUGCUAGAAACUUCUUGUGGAUCUCCUCAUUAUGCGGCACCAGAGAUCAUCUCUGGUCUACCUUAUGAAGGUUUUUCUAGUGAUGUAUGGUCCUGUGGUGUUAUCUUGUUUGCAUUGUUGACAGGUAGGCUUCCAUUUGAUGAAGAGGAUGGUAAUAUAAGAAAUUUGCUCCUCAAAGUCCAAAAGGGUGAAUUCGAAAUGCCCGAUGAUGAUGAAAUUACAAAAGAGGCUCAAGAUCUGCUUGCAAGAUUACUUACAGUUGAUCCUAGUAAAAGAAUUACAAUAAGAGAAAUUCUAAAACAUCCACUUCUACAAAAAUAUCCAAGCAUUAAGGAUUCACGCAGUAUACGUAACUUGCCUAGGGAAGAUACAUAUCUAUCACCAUUAGCAGAUACCAACUCUAAGAUUGAUGAUGCUAUAUUGCAAAAUCUUGUCAUCCUGUGGCAUGGUAAAGAUGCUAGAGAAAUUGCAGCAAAACUGAGAGAACCGGGAGCUAAUACAGAGAAAACAUUAUAUGCUCUUUUGUACAGAUUUAAAUGUGAUACUCAAAGAGAAGCCAACAGAGCUAGAAGACAAUCCAAGAUAGUCCAAAGGAAUUCCACAAUUAGAUCUACUGCUCCAGAGUCACCUUCCAAAAAGAAAACUUACACUCCGCAAAAGAAAAAUAAGAGAGCAUCAAUAAUAGCAUCUUCUUCAAAAAGACCAGUCUCUGUGACGAAAACGGCAACAAAUAUUACAGUCAAUUCCAGUAUAACUGGCACACCAAAAUCUGCAAAGCGUAUGUCAAUGAACAAUUCUGCCAGAAAAAGAAUGUCUGCAUUAUAUGGUACAAGAGAUUCCCCUACAAAAACUUCUAGAAGUAGGAGAUCCUCCAUAAUUACAAAAGAUUUCUUGGGAAAUAGACCAAGAGACAGUGUUAUAAGUAUGUCGCAUAACAAGCGCGCCUCGAAAUCAAGCAAAAGAAUUUCCCUGGUCCCUAAUCUAAAAAGACAAUCGGUGACAACGAAAUUAAUGGCUACAUAUGCCAAACUUUCUGAAGAUGAUGACUGGGAAUACAUUGAAAGAGAAACAAAGAGAACCAGUUCCGAUUUUGCUACCUUGAUUGAUGAAAUUUUUGAGUAUGAAAAGUAUGAACAAAUAAGGAAGGAAAAGGCAGAAUUGGAACGUAAAGUUAGAGAGACUAAAGAGCGUGAAGAACGUGAGAGAAAGGAGCGCCAAGAAAAGGAGUUACAGGAAAGGCUUGAACGAGAAAGAAUCGAGAAACAAAAGGAAGAUAUAGCGAGACAAAUGGAUGAAGAAAUUUCAAAUUUGAAAAAAGAACUGGUGGGGGACCAGGAUAAUGAAGACAAAUUUAGAUCUGUAUCAGAACCACUUGAAUCUAAGAGUAAAAAAAUUGAAGACAUCGAGGAAGAUAUUGACGGCAUUCUUCGUAAUAGAAAAUAUUCUUUACAAACACGUCCAGUGUCACGUCUUGAUCCAGGUAUCGGCUUUAUAGACAAACCACGUCAAAGUGAGCAACACGUUCCUGAAACUGUAAAUCUGGAACCUGAACUGGAAGAGACGGAACAAAAAAUUUUAGAAACAAUAAGAAGAUCUAAAUUCUUGGGUUCAUCUUUUGACAUAAAGAAAGAACUUGAAAAUGUAAAAAGGCACAGACAAACUUCACAACCAAUUGAAAAAGAAAUGGCGCCUCCCGCAUUACCAGAAACCCUACCAAAAGCGGUCGAGAAGAAGAAUGUAUCUAUGGACCCUUCCUUGAGAAAAAUAUCAGAUAUUAAGGUGCCUCAGUUCACCAGAAAAUCUAGACAUUUUAGCACUUCAAACAGAAGACUUUCUGUCCUAUCUAUGUAUUCAACCAAAGAAUCGUAUUCAAAUCUAGCUGACAUCCUUAAGAAUGGACCUGGCGAAAAAGAAAUGAUCCAGACAGCACCAACCCCCAAAAGUGCAGAUGAUUCUGACCAGCUGUUUGAUACUAUCGAUGAAGCUGAUACACCAGCCAGUGUAUCACGCGAGGAAAGACUGUAUGAGGUUGCAGAAGAAUCAGAAAAUGAGUUGGCAAAUAAAAAGAUUGAUAUUGCUGACUUGUUGAAUUCGGAAGGAUCUAACUUGAAGUCUGUUGAGGAACAAGAAGAUAGUAUGAAACUACCUAAAUUACCACCGCUGUUUGAAGAUGGCUCUACUAAAGAAACAAAGGAACAAUCGAAGUCAAUGAUACCUGAAAACAUGCAAUCAAGCGAAUCGCAAAAGCAAAUUGAAAAGAACAAUUCUGAUGAGGGUGGCUCUUUGAACCCAUUCAUGACGAAACACAGAGAUGUCUCAGAUAAAGGGGUAACAAAAGAGAAGCCUACAGUCACCAUGAAAACUACUUCCGAACAAGUUAGCGCCGAUAAGAAAAGAAAUAUGUCUUUCUUAAGAAAAUUGUCAAAGGGCAGUUCGUCUAGCAAAGACAAUGUUGAUGUUACUUUAUCAACGUCUGUUAGUUCAAAACAACUAUUCAGUGGCUUGGUAAACCUAUUGAAAGGCUGGACUAAGUAUGGACUAAAGGGCAUUGCUAUCGAUAGCACUAGUCAGACCAUCACUGGUAAACUUGCAAAUGAUAAUAUCCUUUCAUUUAGAUCAACUGCUUUUUCUAUUUUGAUAUUCUCACAAGAAAAGGGUAGUGCUGUGACUUUUAGAAAAGUCAGUGGUUCAGGUAAAGCUGUUAGACGUCUGUCGGAUGAGGUUAAAAAGGUCCUAUCAAAAGAAGGUGUGUUAAGGGAUUAG